UAUGCUCAUUCUUGCCUGUCAAAGUUAGCUUCACAAUUUUCUUCCAUCGUUGAAAGUUUGUACUACCCUCAAGUUUCCUAUCCGUAAUUCAAUUGGAAGAAGAGGACACUUCCUCGGUUAGCAUAGUACUCUUCUCACGAUCACCCAUUCUCCAAUAAUAAUAAGAAAACUAACACAAUAUUUUCCUUCAAGCAACUCAACUUCAACAAUUCAAUGCUCCAACACAAUUGAAAAAUAUGACAUCAACAAGUCACUUCAUACUAAUAAUCCAUCACUCUAAACAACUUGCUCCCUCCUACCAUCAACAAUUGAAUUCACCAAAAUGGACUAUCGAAAAGUCCAUAAGACUUCACAGAUCCAGUCAUAAGAAUAUUGCCAACACUGAAAAGGAUUUCAUAAGUUUGGUCAUGCGAAUGACUUCACAAAAUCAGUAACAAUACCAAAAACCUAGGAUCGGCCAGAUUUGCGAGGAUCAGCAAAAGUCACAAGGAUCAGGUUUGUGGGGACCCGCAGGAUCGGGGGGGCCACAGCACGUUAGCGGGGACCAGGGUCGGAUGGACCAGGCGACCUGUGUCCCACGAGAUGCAGUGCGAGUGGAUGACCCGAGGAUCACGACCCUGCUGGCGAGAAGAAGACGCUCUGGACCCUGCUGCGCAAGAUGAUCUGGACCAGUCGCUGACCCGAGAACCAGCAGUCGCGGAUCUAAGAAGAAGACAAUCUGAAACAGUGGCUAAGGACGUGAGGAGAAGGAGAAGGAGAAGGAGGAGACGAUCUGCUCUGAUACCAUAAUGCUGGUGCAAGUUCAUCUGGAAGCAAUUUGAGAUCGCUUGUCAUCGGAAUGGGCUUCAAACCAUCUCUUGUUGACAAAGUAAUUAGAGAAAGGGGUGAGAAUCUGGGGGACGAGUCUGUUGACUUGAUACUGGAGACUCUCAUAGGAUAUUCGUGUAAUCAGAAAUCGAAGUCUGAAUCUUCAGAUUCUCUGGAUAGCUUGUUUGAUGAUGAUGAUGAUGCUACCAGUCAUCCAGAACUUUCAACAGUUAUUGAACCAAAAGAGGAAUCUGUCUUUGUAGGAGGAGUCUAUGAUGAAAAAAGGGCAUCCUUGCAAAUGAUGCAUUUCUCUGCAAAGGAUAUUGAUUUUGCAUUUGCUAGGCUUGGUGAAAAUGCAACCGUCGAUGAGAUGGUGGACUUCAUUGUUGCUGCCCAAAUAACUGAAAAGUUUAGAAAGGACACAACUGAUAGAACCAAUAACAGUGAAGCUAAUAUUGAGGAGAGUAAUGAUGAGAAAUUGUUCAGGAUUAUGGAUAAGACACUAAGGUUGCUUGAAAUGGGUUUCUCUGAGAAUGAAGUGUCAUCUGCAUUUGAGAGAUUUGGUACGGAAGUUUCAAUUGAUGAACUUGCUGAGUCGAUUCUUGCUGGUCCACUUGCUGGAAAGUUUGUUCAGAAAGAUAAGUAUUCUUCUUCUUGUGUCCGUGAAAAUUACAGGCACAUCACAAAGAAUGAAGAAUAUCAUGAUAUAGAGAUGAAGAAUCAUGUGAGAAGCAACUCACAUGGUCUCACAACUGUAAAAACCGAGGAUUUUGGUGCAGAUGCCUCAUCACAGUCUAGUAAUCUCAACAGGGAUGGUCUUCAAGGAAAGAGGCCGAAAGAAGAGAAUUUUGAUGACUUUCCAGAUGUUGAAUCUAACUUUAGGCAAUUUGACUUUGAGGACAUUCGUAAGGGGAAAAGGCCAAAGCGGGAGUCUACUGAUGAUUCUAGCUCUUGCCUCAGAUCUACAUGGUUGGAAGGAAAAGCCGCCACUGGAAUGAUCACGAAGAAAUCAUUCGGAUUGAAUCCUUCCAAAGGUCUUAAUCAAGUGGUAGCGAAACCUCCAUUUUUUUUCUAUGGGAGUGUCGUCAACCUUUCUCAGGAGUCUUGGGCCAAAAUUUCUCAGUUCUUGUACGCACUUGAGCCUGAAUUUGUGAAUAGUCAGUACUUUUCCGCAUUGACUAGGAAGGAAGGCUACGUGCACAACCUUCCAACUGAAAAUAGAUUCCAUAUCCUACCCAAGCCGCCAAUGACCAUCGAGGAUGCAAUACCCCAUACAAAAAGAUGGUGGCCAUCAUGGGAUACGCGGAAACAGUUGAGCUGCAUUAAUCCUGAAACAAGUGGCCUGUCGCCUUUGUGCGAUAGACUUGGUAGAAUUCUGACAGAUUCGCGUGGGUUGCUUUCAUCUGAACAGCAAAGGGAUAUCCUUCAUCAUUGUCGAUCACGAAACCUUAUUUGGAUUGGUCAAUACAAACUGGCACCUGUAGAGCCUCGACAUUUGGAAUCCAUCCUUGGCUACCCGCUAAAUCAUACUCACUUCGAUGACAUUAACUUAAAUGAGAGACUAGAAUCUUUGAGGCACUGUAUCCAGACAGAUGUGUUAGGGUAUCAUCUAUCAGUGUUAAAGUCAAUGUUCCCUGAUGGACUGACUGUGCUAUCCUUUUUCAGUGGAAUCGGUGGAGCUGAGGUAGCUUUGCAUCGGCUUGGCAUCCGUUUGAAAGGUGUAGUCUCCAUAGAGACCUCUGAAACAAGACGUAGAAUUCUAAAGCGAUGGUGGUGUAAUACUGAGCAAACUGGGGAAUUGAUGCAGAUUGACGACAUACAGAGGCUGACCACUAGCAAGCUUGAGAACUUGUUUGCUAAGUUUGGAGGUUUUGACCUCCUCAUUUGUCAGAACCCAUGCAUUCUCUCUACUAGUCAGAAGUCGGCUGCAGAUGGCGAGAAUUUACCAGGUUUCGAUUUCUCAUUGUUUUAUGAGUUUGUCCGUAUCCUGCAACGGGUAAGGAGUAUGAUGGAAAGAAAUAGGUGAUCUAGUUUUAUUGAUCAGUGUAGAUUUCUCUUCACAAAUUGCGACUACCAAUGUUGUAGUUGUUUUCAGAUGCCUGACAUUUAUACUUUUCGACCAAUGUGGAAGAUUAGGCUGAACUAUCUCAUCAACAAUAUGCAGCUCAAUUUGCUAAUAUUUAUCAGAUGAGUUGAUUCUUCUGCUAA